AUGGUUCGACGGAAACCCCUACAAGAAGAGGCAGCCGAAUCGCCAAGCCGAUCAUCAGUCAAACGAGCCCGACCAGACCCGGAGGAUGGCAACGACACAGUGGCGGAUACCCCUUCGAAAAGGCAACGAGGCUCUCUUCAGCUCAAACAGAUUGCAGAUGUCUAUGAUGUGCCCGACGACGAUCUUCCGAAAGAUUCAGCAUCGGAGAUCGAGCAACCAACACCAACCCCCAAGAGAAAACGAGGACGGCCUCGAAAGGAUGCGACACCGCAGACCAACGGUAUCGCGACACCCUCCAAGUUGCGACAAUCACAAAACCUCGAAACGCCAACAAAAUCCACCGGUGCCAAUGGCUUUACUCCACGGAAAAGGGCGGCUGUAGACCGUUCUGCCAAGCGAAAGAGUGCCAGGGCGCUGAUUGAGCGCGUCGUUGGCGACGACAUCAGCGAGGAGGAGGAUGAAGGUGGGCUUGCCAGGGCCAUUUACGAGUCGAGCGAAGACGAGGACGAGGACGACAUAGAAGCUGCGGCAGCGACGACCCCAUCGAAAAAGACUCCAGCACGAAAGGGGCGGCCGCCAAAAAUACGAUCACCGACCCCUCCACGCGAUCUUCCUGCGCACGAGAUGUACUUUGAACACAAUAAGCCCGGCCGUACCAAAACCUCCAACAACACCCUCGCCUCUAUCGACCUUCUCACGCACGACGAGUACUUCUCUAUAAUCCGAGACCUCAAAGACCCUCACGCUGAGGACCUCGUUUUCCUACAAUCCCUUCAUGAGGGCUCUUUCGGCCAAUGGUCUUUCGAGCUCGCCGAGGGCUUCAGCCUGUGCCUCUACGGGCUCGGCUCCAAGCGUGCGCUCCUCACACGUUUCGCAGAACACACCUAUGCAAAGAUUCAGAAGCACGACCGUCACAAGAUUGUCAUCGUGAACGGCUACGUGCGAACCAUCACUCUGCGCGACAUUCUUAACACAAUCGCCUCCACCCUCGCCCUCGACCCAACCCACAAACUGCCCGCCCAACCGCCCGCCAUGCUACAGGCCCUGCUCUCGCACCUCACAGAAGCCGGCGUGACCCUGACCCUCCUCCUCAACUCCAUCGACGCCCCGCCGCUGCGCAAGCCCGCAACGCAGCAGGCCCUCGCCGCCCUCGCGGCGCACCCCAACAUUCGCUUUCUCUGCUCGGCCGACACGCCCGACUUUUCUCUCCUCUGGGACGCCGCCCUCCGCGCCUCGUUCAACUUUCUGUUCCACGACACCACAACAUUUGCCAAACCGGCGGCGGAGCUCGACCCCGUGGACGACGUCCAUGACCUCCUUGGCCGUCGCGCCCGCGCCAUCAACGGCAAGGAGGGCGUCGUCUUCGUGCUGGCCAGUCUGCCGGAGAACGCGAAGAGCCUCUUCCGUCUGUUGGUGGCCGAGGUGCUCAUUGCCGCCGAGGACGGCGAUGACGGGGAUGACAGUGCGGCCGUGGAGUAUCGCAUGCUGUACAACAAGGCCGUCGAGGAGUUCAUCUGCAGUUCGGAGAUGGCGUUCCGUACGCUGCUGAAAGAGUUCCACGACCAUCAGAUGAUUACGAGCAGCAAGGACGCCAUUGGGACGGAGUUGCUAAGCGUGCCAUUCCGCAAAGAUGAAUUGGAGGGUAUUUUGGAGGAACUCAUGACAUGA